CCCUCGGUCACACUGCGUCCCAUGUCACGGUCGCGGAUAUUUACUUAGUUUUUUAUUUAAAUAGCAAAAUACCGUACCAAGCCGAGAGUUUAUGCACCUGCAGCAUCAUUGCAAUUGGAAUAUCGCAAUAUAGUUAAAGUGGCCCACAAAUUCGCGUUGUGGGUUUGUUGUUACAAGUAUCGCGCAUCGAUAAUAGGGAAAAUCGUCUAUUGCAUUUGUAUACAGAGCAGGUGGUGUUGUCUCUCUCAGGCUUGCACGCUCGCUCUUGAUGUGCGAGCGAAACAACAACAAACAAGUUACAAGUUCCAACAAAAUUCCAUCUUCAUUUAAUGCAAAACUGGAGCUAGACUCCAGCAAAGACGACACCAUUCACUCCGUAAACUUGAAUAAAAAACUCGUCAAGAUUAAAAAGUUCAAGCUGGACGAUAUGAAGGAAAUGGUGGGCGGCUGUUGUGUUUGUUCGGACGAGCGGGGGUGGCCGGAGAACCCGCUCGUAUACUGUGACGGCCAAAACUGUAUGGUUGCCGUGCAUCAGGCAUGCUAUGGCAUUGUGACGGUCCCCACCGGACCCUGGUAUUGUCGCAAAUGUGAAUCCCAAGAGCCCGCCUCCCGCGUCCAUUGCCAUUUAUGCCCCUCAAAGGAUGGGGCGCUCAAGAAAACAGAUCAGAACAAAUGGGCACAUGUCGUGUGUGCUCUGUACAUACCCGAAGUGCGUUUCGGUAAUGUGACAACUAUGGAGCCCAUACUCAUGUCGCAGAUACCAGAGGAACGCUUCCACAAAUCCUGCUACAUUUGCAUGGAGAUUGGAAAGACUGGCCGCUCCACUAAGGGUGCCUGCAUGCAGUGCAACAAAUCCAAUUGCAAGCAACAAUUUCAUGUCACAUGCGCCCAGAGCUUGGGUCUGCUCUGCGAGGAGGCUGGCAACUAUUUAGAUAAUGUCAAGUACUGCGGCUAUUGCCAGCAUCAUUAUAGCAAACUGAAAAAGGGCGGCAACGUCAAAACCAUACCGCCAUACAAACCCAUACAACAUGACACCUCAUCCGAUUCGUGUUCAUCUCCCGAAAAGGAUAUUGACUCCACAAUGAAUGCAGCAGCUACCUCGGCAACGAGCAUUAAGAUAACCAGCAGCAGCAGCACCACCACCACCAGCAAUGCCUUGAAUGCCAGCUCUUUGGGGGCAGUCUCUGGAGGCAGCGGCAGCGGCAGCGGCAGCGGUGUAUCUUCAUCGUCCAAACAGCGCAAGAGCAAUGCAUCGGGCAAGUCAUCGAGCAGCAGCAGCAGUAGCUCCUCAUCAUCCUCCACGGGAGUGGCGAAUCCCUCCUUCAGUACCGCAAGCUCAGGCGGUGCCAGUAAUCUGCCAGUCGGAGGAAGCCUACCACCAUCGAGUAGUAGCACCAAUAAUAUUAGUAAUAGUACUAACACCAGUCUGCCGGCCAGCACUGGAGCAGCAGCAUCAGUUGCGGGCGGAAGCGUGGCCAGUGGAACCACAAGUGCAAUAAAUCUUCCUUCCUCUGGCAGCGGCUCUGGCUCACAGAAAGCCUCCAACGCCAGUCAGUCGACAACAUCGGCAGCCGCAACCACAAAAUCCUCGGCCAGUAGUUCGAGCAGUAGCAGCAGCUACAAGGAUAAGCAUAGCAAAAGCCUAAGUAAGCAAUCGAAUUCAAGUAAGGAAAAGGAUAGCAGCAAGGACAACGGAAACAAUCCCCCAAGCAGCAGCACAAGCAGCGGUUUCUCGAACUCAAUAGCCACCUCAACAUCUGGCAGCUCCUCGUCUCGGGAGAAGUCAUCAUCGAAAUUAUUGAAAAACAAGGAUACAUCCAUUCAAAUGCCAAGUGCCACAAGCGGCAGUUCGAGUAUCAGCACAACCAGCACAACCAACACCAGCAAUACCCAGUUUAGCAGCAGUUCGUCAACUCCAACAGCCGCCAAUGGGUCUGCCGCUGUAUCCAGCUCUGUGACUGCCAUAUUUGCCGCUGCUGCUGCCAGUCACUCGAAUCAUGCCCAGAACCUCAGUACGAACGGGGGAGCAGCAGGCAGCAAUGUGAGCACACAUCUGAAUGCCAGCAGUAGCAGCGGAACGGUAUUCGGUACAGAAAUACGUGCAGGCAGCAGCACUUUGAAUGAGUCUUCUUCGGCCUUUGCGGCGAGCAGCAGUGCAGAUACAUUACCAGGCGCAGGUUCGUCUGCAAGUAAUAUGACUGCAGCUCUUGGCCAGGGCCUUAGCGGAGGAGGAGGAGCAGCAGUCUCCUCCACUGUGGCCACUAAUUUGACCACAAACAAGGCUUCAUUAUCGUCUGCAGCAUCAUCAACUUCGUCUUCCUCCAGCAAUCCCACACAAACCACAAGUGUGGCUUCGAAAAAACGUAAAGCCGAUUCGGUUAAGCAGUCAAGCGGCAGUGCAAGUGGCCCCUCCAUUAUCGCCCCAUCGAUCUUGGACGAUAGCAAUAGGUGGGCUUCGAGAACGGCAAAGAAAAGUUCAUUUCGAGAAAUAAGCAAGGAUGCACACGUGACUCUGACGCCACUAACGGAUUUUGAAAAGGAAAUAGAAAAGAGCUCCAAGAGGCAACGAACGGAACUAAGUCCACCGACCCAUCAAACAUCCGUCACCGCUGAAGUGAAUGCCACACCCGUCACAAGCGCCACAAUAGCUGCCCCAGCGAGUACAGCAACAACGGGGGCAGUGACAUCGGUUGCGGGUGGAACCACAACGGGCAGCAGCACUUUGACCAGCAAUGCCACAAGCAGCAGUUCAGCAGGAGGAGCAGGAUUGGCUAACUCACCAGCUGUGGGCGGGGGAGCGUCAGGAGUGGGUGCCAGUGGCUAUCCAAAGACAGAUUCGAGUAAAGCCAACACCAGCGGAAGCAGCAGCAAGCACGGCAGCAGCAGCAGUAGUAGCAGUGGCGGCAUUAAGGAGAGCAGCAACAGCAAUCCGCCACCACCUGCGAGUGGAAGUGGCAGCAGCAGCAACAGCAAUGCCCCCAGCCUUUAUGUCUCUGUGCCGCUGUCGACGGCCAAUGUACCUGGAAUCAAUCUGCCAUCAAGCAACAGCAUCACUCCUACGAACCUCAGUGGUGAUUCUCAUGGGAUGGCAGCUUCACGAAGCACCCAACAGCAGCAACAUCAGACUGCAGCGAAUCUGUCGGCACUGAGCGCUGCAGGAGGAGCGUACGCAACAGCAACAAGUGGCGCCUCAACGGUCAUUCAGCAUCAGAGCGGAAAAUCUUCACCUGCUCUGGGUGGCAACGGCUCCCUAGUCAGCGGUAAUAGCGGUGGAAGCAUUAUCUCCGCCAGCACUGGCAGCAGCACUGGAAAUCUCACGGCCACCACCACAGAGAGUGGCAACCUGAAGAUCAGCUACGAGAAGCAGACAACGCGUGUGCAACAGCUGCAAGAGCAGGAGGCACCGCCGGCCACGUCGCGCCGAAGCAGAUCGCGCUCUGGUGAGAGCAGUGGCACCAGUAGUCAUCAUCACCACCAUCAUCAUCACUCGCAGAACCACCACCACAACAGCAAUAGUCUUCCCCCACAUCAUUCAACACAGGGGCAGCAUCAGAUGCAACAGCAUCUAACAUCGUUGCACCCUGCCGUCAGCGUAGGCAGCACCUCUUUGACCACCCCCAAUACACCCGUCAGUAGCUCUGCUACCAACGCAUCGAACACUAAAGCCCCAUCGGGUGGACGUUCGGGAAAAAAGCGUGGAGCGGCACUCAAUAAGAACGAAAGCAAUGCCACGGGAGCAGCUGUAGCAGCAGCAGGCAAUGUUGCAUCAGCUACAGCAACCGUAGCGGAGAAACAAAGUCGCCAUAGUUCGCCACAUCAAUCGCCAAGUGCAGGUUUGCCUGGAGGCAUUGCCUCGCCAGUGGUGUUGUCGCUGUCCUCGUCGCAAUCUUCGAUAGACUCGCCACCCGCUGUGGCGGGUGGUGCAUCAGCAGCUCCCAUAACAGCAACAGCACCAACUCCAAUUCGAAGCACGCGUAACAGCAGCAACAGCAUACUGCUGCAUGGCAAUCAUAAUGGGGAUCAGACCUCAUCUCCGUGCUCAUCCUCAACAUCUUCCUCGUCCAUGUCCUCGAGUGGUGGUGUUGUCCCUGUGGUGAAUCUGCUGGAUUCUCCUGUCAAUAUGUCCACAGGGCCAUCGACAGUGGGUUACAGAGGGAGCAGCACGAGCACGAGCAACGCCAAGGGCUCAACUUCUGAAGGGAACUAUGGCGGAAGCAGCGUCAGCAGUGGCACCACCAAGCCGUUGAAUAAGAAAAUGCUGCGUGCUCAGCAGUCGCAAUUGUUUCAGCAGCAGCAGCAGCAGCAACAACCACAGACAUAUGCACCAAUACCCGCUAGAACCUCGUCCCCCACAAAUCUAACCUCUGCCUCAUCCUCCGCCUCAGCCACAGCCACAGCUCCAAUUCAGGCUAACUUUAUGCACUUGCAACAGCCACAACAACCACAACAGCCACAGCAACCGCAGCAGCAGGCACAGAAUCAACAUGAAGAUCUCGAAAUAUUACAAUUCACUAAUUCGAUUCCUACCAAUCCUUCUUCCACCUCCGUGACAACAACUACAUCGAUAACGAAAUCGAACAGAACUCCGGAUCUUGCAACAACAUCGGCCGCAACUACAUCAUCACUGCCAAGCACAACAACGCUGACGAGUCAACAGUUGAGCCAAUCAAUGCUGCCCAUUGGGGGUGGCCUCAAGUUCACCUACGAGAGUCAGACGCAGCAGCCGCACCUGGAUGUGGCCAUGCUGCCGGUAAGCUCCAUCAAGGACUCGCCGCCGAGUUCGCCAGGCUCCGAGAUUGGUGGCACAACGCAGCUGCAUUCGGCAGGUGCAUUGAGUGCCACAGCUGUGGCUGUACCCGCCCCACAGCCUGGAAAUGUACGCAAGCGUGGACGCAAGGCCAAGGAGUCGACGAUUGCUGCAGCAGCUGCGGCGGCCGCACAAUCAGCAGCAGCAUCAGCAGCUGCAGCCGCAGCAGCGUCGGCCACAAACGUACAGCAGCAGCCAGAUCUCAAGGAUGUACGCAUCCUGCAAAAUGGAGCUGCCAGCAGUGGUUCAUCGAGUGGUCCGAUCAGUACCCCCACGCCGCCGGCCACACCAGCGAGUUCGAUCAUUGCACACACGGCCACCCAUAUGCUGGGAAAUCAUGUGAAUCCUAAUAGCAGUGUGGCCCAGAAGCUCUCGGAGCAGCUGCAUAUGGAAGUGCAGGAUCAUGCCAUCUACACGAGUGACGCGAUGGGUUCGCAAUUCGCGGGAGUGCCGUUCCCUGGGAAACAGCGAAAUAAUACCAAUGCCGCCUCCAUGAAUGCCACACCUGCACCGAAUCCACUGCAGUCGAUGUUUAGCGGAGUCGGAAUGAAUAGCAAUAUGUCGAUACCUCAAAGCUUAGAGCAACUGCUGGAGCGCCAAUGGGAACAGGGCUCACAGUUUCUCAUGGAGCAGGCGCAGCAUUUUGACAUUGCUUCCCUGUUGAAUUGCUUGCAUCAGCUGCAGAGUGAGAAUCUGCGUUUGGAGGAACAUGUGACCAGCCUGAUAGCGCGGCGAGAUCAUUUGCUGGCGGUGAAUGCCCGUCUACAAAUCCCACUGAAUCCGAUCGCCAGCAAGGCCGAGGCGCAUGGUAAGUAGAGAAGGCAAAACGUCCGAUCUCUCUUGUAAUUGGUGUCGGCACAUACACACACAUGACACUUGGCACUUGGCAUUAGAUGAGGCAGGAUUGCAAUGCCAAGCCAUCCAUCCAUACCACAAACUCACGCACACACACACACACACACAGCCACUGAUAACAGACCAAAUUGAUUACGUUUAUUUGAAUUUUUGUUAAAAAUUUCUUUGUCUGUUGUUCGUAUCCGUUGUACAUACAAAUCAAUGCACCUGAAUCAAUGGAUAGUCUUAAGUUAUUCAAGUUAUUCCUAAGUUAUCCCUAAGUUAACAGUCAAACUUCUGAUAAAUUGUAUAUAAUAUACACCUACACCUACCUACAUACAUACACUGCAUAACAUAGUCAAAUGAUCAGACAAUUUCCUCAAUUAAAUGCAUUUUUCUUUGCCAUGA